UGUAUGUAGAACCGCAGUGCACAGCUUUUCGCCGGGCGGGAUUUCCGCAAUAUCAAGUAUGGCGAAGACAUACGAUUAUUUGUUUAAAUUACUGUUAAUCGGAGAUUCCGGCGUCGGGAAAACCUGUGUGUUGUUCAGGUUCUCAGAGGAUGCCUUUAAUUCCACAUUCAUUUCCACCAUAGGCAUUGACUUUAAGAUUAGAACAAUAGAACUAGACGGCAAGAAGAUUAAGUUACAGAUAUGGGACACAGCAGGACAGGAGCGUUUUCGGACAAUCACAACAGCAUAUUACAGAGGAGCAAUGGGUAUCAUGCUAGUCUAUGACAUCACCAAUGAAAAGUCCUUUGAAAACAUAAAGAACUGGAUAAGGAACAUAGAGGAGCAUGCAUCUGCUGAUGUUGAGAAGAUGGUCCUUGGUAACAAAUGUGAUAUCAAUGACAAACGACAGGUCUCCAAAGACAGAGGAGAGAAGCUGGCAUUGGAGUAUGGGAUCAAAUUCAUGGAGACCAGUGCAAAGGCCAAUAUCAAUGUGGAAAAUGCAUUUCUGACACUUGCUAGAGAUAUUAAGUCAAAGAUGGACACAAAAUUGGAGGGCAACAGUCCCCAGGGGAGCAGCCACGGGGUGAAGAUCUCUGAGCCACAGAAGAAGAGCAGCUUCUUCCGCUGCGUUCUACUGUGAGGAGCAGAGUAAGGCUUCAGCCUAAAUGGCACCGUAUUCCCUAUAAAGUCUGCCACCUUUGACCAGGGCUUAUAGGGUUCUGGUUAAAAAGAAGUUUGCACUUUGUAGGGAAUAGGGGCUGUUUGGGAGGUAUACCCAAGGCCUUACAUACCGUCCGCCUCCCCUGGCAGGGACACAUUGGGGCGCUGGCUUGCUCUACACAACUGGACUGUAUUUGCUCCCAGCCGCUCAUGUUUCCUCCCCUGUUCCCUUCAUCCAGUCCCAAUUCACUCCCUGUCUCUCCUCUUGGAUCCAGCUGUCAGGUGGUUGUAAACAGUGUCCUGGGUGGUGAUACUUCCGCAUUGGUUGAAACUUAGAGAUCUGUGAACAUCAACCAGUUAGGUUCAGAGGAGAUUGGUAGGGAGAGAAUUGGGGAACCCCCCCCCCCCCCCCUCCGUGUCCACACCUUGGGGCAUGUAAGGUGGACUACAUGUCUCCCAUUCAUGACAUUUCCUUGACUCCUGGUGUUGCUGCAGUUCUUCCAGCUAGCCUUCCAAGCGCCUGUUUCUCCUUCCAUAAGUCAGACACAAUCUGCAACAGGUGAAGAUGCCACUAGUUUUUCUGAAGUUGCAAAUGACAUUACACAAGAUGGGCUCACCCUGUUGUCUCACUAUAAUCUCCACAUAUAAUGUUCAGUUUUUCACGCUCAGCCUCCUGGAUGCACAACUGCCAAAGUUGGGAGUUGCACCUAUGUCUUGUCAGAGUUGCUUGAAUAGCCUGUGACGAUUAGAAAAAUAGUGAUGUGGAUGUUUAGAUGCCCUUUUAGUAGUCCUCAACUCUGUAGACAGAAUAACUUGAUCCAGAGUCUGAUUGGCUUUUCUUGCUUUGAUGAAUCAGAGUUGUUAAAUGAAUUAUGAAAUAGGCCUUGUAGGGAUCAUUAUUCUUCCAGGGAAUAAUGAUCUCUUUUGAUAAUUGGAUUGUUAUGUCUGCAAGACACAUUUGGUUCAAAUGUUCUUUUUUUAACUUACAUUUCAUGAUAAUCGUUCGUUGCUACAUUACGUUAAACACAACCUCUAUGCUAAAGACGAGGCCUCUUUCUCUUAACGAUGUUAGUUCACUGUUGCUAUUCAAACUCACCCACACACUUUUAUAAGGUCAGGACCUGUGGCUUCAUUCCAGUUAUUCACAGUUUCAUUGUCUACAAACGUUUAUCUGUUAAAAUGUUAUCUAGUACAUUGUUGUUAGUGAGCCAGCAAGAGACUUCCAGAGAGACAGACUGAUUCUGUCUGAACUGGUGUCCCUAUAUAGUGAACCACUUUUCACCAGGUUUUGUCUCUGGUCUAAAGUAGUGCAUGACACAGGGAUUUAAUACGCUGCCUUUUCGGAUGCACCCUAUAGCGUAUUUAUUUACUGCAAGAACAGCACAGCAACAACAUCCAUUUAUGACCUCUGGUUCAUCUCCAGCUAUAUGACGUCUCUGGUAGCACCUGGUGAACCACCCAGGCAUCUCUUCAUUGUCUGUCUGCCAGUACCAACCAGUUUUUGUACAGACAGACAAAGUGCAAUUGAUCCAUUCCAAUGCUAUUCAUUACUUGCACUUUACCAAUAACCUGUGUGUUGUAGUCUGUGCCAAGUGAUAGUUUUGCAACAUAUUUUAUUUUGGUUCAAUUUAAUAUGGAAAACUAUUCUAUUGGUUUGUGGUAGUGGUUGAUAGAUAACAUGUACAUUGUAUUGGAUCUGUUACCCAGUUUAAAUGACUUCCUCUCCUAUGCCACUUUUGGUUUGUGUUCUUCGCUUUAGAGCCUGUGUUCACAUCAAAAUAUCAGUGGCACCUAUGCUCUUAGUCUGGUUAUGUGCAAACCUAUUUGAUGAAUUAAGCAUUUUUGAUGUCUGUAAGUGCUGGUCUAUGGUCAGGUCCUCUGUCUUAUCCAUUAUGAUUUAAAAAGGGAAAACCGACCUGGGUCAGCGUUGCUACUUUUAUACGCUACAAAUACAGGCCCUGUUAUGACUGAGUAAAAUAGUUCUUUUUGUUGGUUCUUCCAACAAUAAUUGGUUUCCGGUGUUUAAGGUUUUGUUAUAUGCUACUGCCCUGCCAAAUUUGAUUCUAUUCCACAUGUGACAAUCUCUUGACUUGAAGUUAAGACCAGUCAACUUCAAUAAGUUGCUUCACCAACUAGUUAUUUUGUUCAUGAUGAUGUUUGUGGUUGACAUGCCUGUCCUUCUUUUGGUCAGAACCUUGUUUGACAGCUAGGUGACACCAUAUCACCCGCUGAAGCUCUUACAUUAGCAAGGCAAUGACCUUAGUAUGCACUGAAAAUUCAAUUGAAAAGCUGUGAGAUUUUUUUGGAAAUGUAAGGAAGAGGUGCUUUGUUGAUGUUCUACAGCAUGAAGUCUUCUUUACCCCAGAAUUCCCACUUUAUUCUUUCCUGCUCUUUUACAUAUCUUUUUUUAAGAAAAGGGUGGAAUUCCUGUGCCAGUCUGUUUUUUUAACUAUCAUAACCACUCUUUACCUUGUUUAGCUUGACAUGGAAUGGGGCUGGGUUAGGGUAACUUCAGGAAGUACACUGAUAUUGAAGUGUUUCUUUCCCCCCCAAUCAUUUUAAAUGAAAAACCUUUGGGAAUUGAAAUAAUUUAAUUUACAUUUCUGAAUUGACUGAAAUUGACCCCAACCCUGGACAGGAAGGAUGUCGACAUGGUAACAAACAGAUCUGGGUCGAGGAUGUAAAAGAUAGAUUCACAACAGAUAGCCUGCACCUUUUUCAGUAUUCACUGCUGUACCGGGGGCACCUCAUAAAUAAUAUUAACUCAUACUCAGUCUAAUCCUUGACAUUUUAAGCUUGCCUGGUUCCAGAUCUGUUUGUGCUCAUUUUCCCUCAUUGCCAAGCAAUUGCUCAGAAAUGAGUUGGCAAGCCAGCAGCAAAACACUGGCACUAAGGCUACUUUGGAGCUAUGCAUAUGGACCUCUAUUUUUCUGUAUUUCUGUGAUUUAUUUUUUGAGAAUUGUAUAUUUGUGAAAUAGUUAGCCCACAAGUAAUACAUUAUUUCUUUAAAACUCAUCUCUCAAUGGGAAAUGUAAUGGUACUCUUAUUGAAAGAGUGUGGAGUUUUUUUGUCUUGCAUUGAGCCACAAUUAUGACCAGUUUAUAGAUUUUUCUUCUAUAUUUGGUACUUUUGAUGCAAUGAUGUGUUUGUGAUACUGAAGGUGGAUUAACAGGUGAGGUUAGCACAAAGAAACAGUUUUCUCCUUAUUUGGAUUGAUUUAAUUUUUAUAACAAUGUAGAAAAACAGACCUGGGUCUGUUUCGUUUUAGUCAGAAUAAUUUUCAAAAUAAAUCUAAACUCUUAA